AUGAGCCGGCUGAUUUCUUCUCGCGUUUGUCUGGGCGCAGCAGCGCUUCGAAGCCACACCCUUCGCGUGGCGCGUCCGGCAGUUGUGCCCUCGGCGGGCCUCCGCCACGUCCACCUCGUCGCGGACCACGCCCAGCUGAAGGACCAGGUGCCCCAGUCGGGCAGCGAGCCCUUCAAGGUUGAACUCUCGGAGGAGUCGUUCAAGUACUACCGCAUUGACCCUAUCGCGACAGAGCUGACGGUGACCAAGGACGAGCUGGUCCACCUCUACAGCGAGAUGGUCAAGAUGCGCCGCAUGGAAGUCACCGCCGACCAGGCAUACAAGAACAAGCUUGUGCGCGGCUUCUGCCACCUGUCGAUCGGCCAGGAGGCUGUGGCCGUUGGUAUGGAGACGGCCAUCCGCCCCGACGAUAGCCUCAUCACUGCCUACCGCUGCCACACCUUCCUCGUGCAGCGCGGUGGCACCAUCAAGGGCAUGCUGGCGGAGCUGUUUGGCCGCGAGGACGGCUCGUCGCGCGGCAAGGGUGGCUCGAUGCACGUCUACGCGCCCAACUUCUUCGGUGGUAACGGUAUUGUUGGUGCGCAGGUGCCCCUCGGCGCGGGUCUCGCCUUCGCGCAGAAGUACAACAAGACCGGCCACGCCACCUUUACCCUGUACGGCGAUGGUGCCUCGAACCAGGGCCAGGCUUUCGAGGCAUUCAACAUGGCGAAGCUGUGGAACCUGCCUUGCGUGUUCAUCUGUGAGAACAACAAGUACGGCAUGGGUACGAGCGCCGAGCGCAGCUCGAUGAACACCCAGUUCUACACUCGUGGCGAUGUGAUCCCCGGUAUCCAGGUGAAUGCCAUGGACGUGCUUGCCGUCAAGCGCGGCACCGAGUUUGCGCGCGAGUACACCACGUCCGGCAAUGGACCGCUGCUCAUGGAGCUCGUGACCUACCGGUACGGCGGCCACUCGCUCUCGGACCCCGGCACGACGUACCGCACGCGUGAGGAGAUCCAGAAGAUGCGCAGCUCGUCGGACCCGAUCCAGGGCCUCAAGACCCAGAUCCUCGACUGGGGCGUGAUCGAGGAGGACGAGCUCAAGAAGGUCGACAAGGCCGCCAAGGAGGAGGUCGACAAGGCGUUCGAGGAGGCCAAGGCGAGCAAGGAGCCCUCCGUCGAAGAGCUCUGCACGAAUAUCUAG